AUGCCGUCCUUGAAGAGCCUUCUCCUGCCGCUUGCCCUCGCCAUCGCAGCCACCUCCGCUACAGCUGUUGCUGAUGAUGAGACCUGCCCCAAAGACUGGCUUCCCCAACAUCAACAUGGGGGAAUGAAGUGCUGUUAUGGCAAUAAGAUCCUCGAUGGAACGGAGAAUUUCUGCUGCGUCUACGACAUGAGCCCUGUGCCGACCAGCAGUGUGUCCACGGCCACUGAGGAUGAUUACGCUGCUUGGGCGACCGCCGGCGACGGAUGUGUUACCAGAAUCCCUUUCACUGCGAGCAACUACUCCGAUCUCGUCUCUUCGGCCUCGUCAAAGAUUGCCGCCAGUCGAACAGCUGCCGCGACCAACGAGGCGAGUGCGACGACUACUUCCUCCAGCUUAACCGCUUCACCUACCAGCUUGACUGCAACUCCCGCGGGCUCACAAUCAACCGCCGCAGUGCCAUCUACCACCGAGAAUGCCGCUUUGCCAAUGGCUACUGCUCAGGAUAUAGUCUUGGGUGGAGCCGCCGUUGUUGUUGGUCUUCUUGCGCUGUAG